AUGGCCCAGGCCCACGCCACGAUUGCAACCGUGCGCAGCCUCGUCCAGGCCCUGCAGGCGAUCAGAACGCAUCAAAAGCUGCCAUGCGCCGUCACGUUUGAGGCCGCCGCAGGGCUCAGCCUGCGCUUCCUGGACGGUGGGCAUGCCAUGCAGUCGGGCAUCUCCCUAAGCACGUCGGUCUUCUCGCAGUUCCAGGCGCCCGCCAGCCUCACCUUCUUUGUACCCCUGAGCAUGCUGCUGGAUUCGAUUAAUACUGUGGCGUCCAGCAUGCCGCACGAGCUGCACCUGCAGUACCCAGGUCCCGACAACUCGCUGCUGCUGACCACAACAGAGGACGCCAGCGCCCGCACAUCCAUCUGCAGCUACGCCAAGGUUGCCACACUGGCACAGCAAGACAUGAGCAGCCUGGACGACAUGUGGGACCCGCAGGAAGUGUGCUCCCAAGUCAUCCUGUCAGCGAUUGAGGAUCUAGAGUGGACAGGCGGCGAGGUGGAAUUUGUCAUGCGGCGCAGCCCCAUGCACUUUUCGCUUCAGAGCAUCAAGCAGCAAAGCCUAGAGAUCACUUUCCCCGCUCAUGCCCUGGAUGGGUUUAGCUGCCACACGGAGGAGGUGCGUGCCACCUUCAAGUACAAGCACCUCAAGGCUGCGUUCACGAAUGUGGCACAAAAAGAGCUGUGGAGCGCCAAGAUAGCCAUCAGCAGUCGAGGUGUGCUGCGGGUGACCCACAUGCUCACGCUGGCGGGAGGUGCCCCCCUGGCGUCUCUCGAGGCUCAACCCCUGCUGGGUACCCUCACAUCCCAGGCCCAUGCCCCACGCACAUGUAUCGUCAAGUUUGUUGUCAUGCCGUACGAUGAAAAGGGGGAUGCAGGAUUUGGUGGGGACGACGACUGA